CAUGAGUCGAUAAGAGAAGAUUUCCCCCUUUUUGGUUUAGUUAGCUUCAGCUUUCUUUACUGAGAGCUUAAAGUGAUGGCGCUGAAAUUUACCAUUUCGUUCCCAAUUUUCGCGCCGCCUUCGCCGAACCCUUAUCCCAACACUAACGAAUCCGGCAAUCGACCGCCGACGGAAAUUCGAUUCUCCCGCUGGAACAACGCCAACGCCGAGAAAUUCAACCAACGCCGACGAGGCCAGCAAGAAAUCGAAGACGACAUUCGCCGCAGCCGCCGCUUCGAUUCCGCCUCCAAGAUCGCCUCCACCAUCGAAACCUCCGCCGCGGCACCACCACAACCAGAAGAAACCUACAAAUCCUUUGGAUCCCCUUCCUCUCCUUCCAGACCUUCAAUUCCUGGCAAGAAAUCCAAGUACUCCAAACCCCCAAGCCACCCAGCGUUUCGCAAAUCCUCCCGAACAUCCAAUCCUCCUCCACCCUCUCCACUUGACAAGAAACAAGCGAAUGUCGCCGUUGGCGAAGACGGCCUUUCUUUCGUCAUCGACGGUGCGCCGUUCGAAUUCAAAUACAGUUACACUGAGACGCCGAAAGUGAAGCCGGUAAAGCUAAGGGAACCACCCUACUCGCCUUUUGGACCCACGACCAUGGCUAGGCCAUGGACUGGCCGAGCUCCACUGCCGCCAAGUAAGAAAAAGAUGAAGGAAUUCGAUUCUUUCGUAUUGCCUCCGCCUAACAAGAAAGGGGUCAAGAGCAUACAGAAACCCGGCCCGUAUUUGCCUGGUUCUGGUCCAAGGUAUGUCCAAUCGAGAGAGGCGAUUUUGGGAGAGCCAUUGACUUCAGAGGAGGUUAAGGAGUUAGUAAACAGUUGCUUGAAGUCUGAACGACAGUUGAAUAUGGGUAGGGAUGGCUUGACGCACAACAUGUUAGAUAAUAUACAUGCUCAUUGGAAACGUCGAAGAGUUUGUAAGAUAAAAUGCAAGGGAGUUUGUACGGUCGACAUGGACAAUGUGUGUGAGCAGCUAGAGGAAAGAACAGGAGGGAAAGUUAUUUUCAGAAGAGGGGGAGUUCUAUUCCUUUUCCGAGGAAGAAAUUACAAUUAUAAAACUCGUCCUCGUUUCCCUCUUAUGCUGUGGAAACCUGCUACCCCUGUGUAUCCGCGGUUGAUUCAGCGUGCUCCGGAGGGUCUAACACUAGAACAAGCAACUGAAAUGAGAAAGAAGGGGAGGAAAUUAAUGCCAAUACGCAAACUUGGGAAGAACGGUGUUUAUGCUGACCUUGUAAAAAAUAUUAGGGAGGCAUUUGAAGAGUGUGAACUUGUCCGGAUUAAUUGUCAAGGGAUUAAGGGAAGUGACUAUCGGAAAAUUGGUGCCAAACUUAAGGACCUGGUCCCAUGUGUGCUAAUCUCAUUUGAACAUGAGCACAUACUAAUGUGGAGAGGAAACAAUUGGAAGUCAUCCUUCUCUAAACCAGCAGUAAACUCGGGCAUAGAAAAAACCUUGGCAAUCGAAGCUUCCAUUACCAGACAGUUGGAAGGACAAGAGUUGUCACCAGCUUAUGUUCUAACAGUUGGUUCAAGCUCACCACUCAUUAGUUCACAAGAUAGUAGCAUUGAGCAAAGGGAGUCUGUUGAAACAACAUUAGAUGGGGUAGAUUUUUCCAGUGAUGAGUCUGACAGCGAAGCGAACACCUCUAGAAGUUCAAUCUCUGAUUAUCUUAUGUCAGCUGAUGAUGAAUCUGAAAGCAUGCCCUACGGUCUGGAGCCUAUAUUAGAUAAUUCGGGCAAAGCAAAUGAAGAGUCAUCAGCUAUGCCAACAAAAAGUCAUGUCAGGCCCGGGACUCCUGAGAGUAGUCAAAAUCAUUCGGUGUCUUCUGUUUCUGAUUUGUUGAAUCAUGACAAGCCGGAAAUUGUAGCUGAAGCUUUACCAGAUAUCAAUGGGCCAGCAGAAACAAGUUCACCUUGUACUGAUAGAGUUUUGCAUCUAAUGAAACAGGCUGUUGAGAGUGGGAGUGCAGUUGUAUUAGAUUAUGCUACUUUGGAUGCUGAUGAAAUAUAUCAAAGAUCCGUUGCCUUUUCCCAGUCCGCACCGCCUGGCCCGGUUUUUAGGCGACAGCCUCUUAAAGUGGCUAUCCAAAAGAACGAACAAGAAGAAGAGUCUAGGAACUUGGAAGUGAAGGAAGUCACAGCAGUUUCCUAUAAGAGAGGAAAUGAAAAACAAGCUUCUAAAACUCGAAGAUUCAAAGACAUGGAUGAAAUUCAUUCAGACGUCGUACCAAAAGGAAGCCUGAGAGUUGAUGAGCUUGCUAAACUAUUAGCUUAAUCCACUUUUGUAGGCAUAUUUUACAGCCUGAAAUCUUCCCCUGCUUAUGCUCAUUUCAUUAGCUUCAUCUUUAACAUGUAUUUAUGAAAUGCUGCUAAGGUGUUUUCCAGAAACAAUUUAGAGAAAACAAGAAGCU